GGGUCCUAGAGUCACAUGGCUACAUGUCAGCAGGCUGGAGGAGGAAACGUAAUCCCGAGGAGGAAGGCUGCCGUUAUCAGUCUAUGCAUGUUGGUCUGAGAGGGCAUUCGGCUCGACGAGACACUCCACAUCUCUAACACGCUCUCUCUCCUUCUUUUUUUUUGUCUCCCUAUCUGUCUCCUCUCCCUCUGUUUGUUUUCUCCCUGCACUCUGAUCAGCCCCGGGUCUGUAUUCACAGCAGAGUUCAGAAUUGCACUACAAUGUCUGCGGUGGCUUCUCUGCAGUAAAGCACACAAAGGUUAUGCUGCCCAAAAGCUGUCUGAGUCCCAGUGAGAAAGAGAAGGGCUAAAGCCACACCAGUCUAAACCAGCUUUCCAGCGCCUCUCCAGCAACGACUCUACUGCAGAGCCAUGAGCAACCCCGAUGCUCCCAGCCAGGUUACGGACGCCGUGGCUUCGGUUAUUCACGGACCAGAAGCUCCUGCUGCUUCAUCACUACACGGGUCUCCGCGCCCAGAAGAGGAGGAUGAUGGGGACCUGAAUAAAGCCUUGGGUGUCCAGCGCUUCCAGCAGAUCCUCACGCCUGCUGCUGCCGUGCCUGAUAAGGAGCACCACAUUUACCAUGACGAAGACAUUGAAUACCACCGACACUCCUCUCACCACAUCCACCGGCCUCUGUCCAAACUGCCCUCUGACGUACGCAGGAGGAAGGGCAGCAAGAAAAGGAAGAAGGAUAAAGAUCACAAAAGCAGCCAUCCUCCCUGCAGUGUCCCCAUAGAGGAAGGUGAAGAUGAGGAGGAAGAGGAAGAAGAGGGGACAGAGCUAAAUUCUGUUCUGUCAGAGUCGGAGAGAUCCAAAGAUGUGGAGUUCUUCGUUUCCGAAGAUGACCAUGUAUCCAAAAGUGUCAAAGAGAGCCCACACUCGGUCCGAAAGCUCGACAUCGUACCGCAGUCCGGUGUGGGAGGUGAACAUGAAGACGCAACUUCCACAGAAAACAAAAUGUGCCAUACAAACGAAAGACCUGAUGCUGUUGCGUUGCAUGGAGCUACAGUUUGCUGCAUGUUUAUUUCUGUUACUCCAGGUCAUCGCUUUGAAGAUGUUCCUGGCAUGCGCCGACACCUGGUCCGGAAGAGCAUCAAAAACCAAGUGGUGCACAUCGGCAAGGACCACAAGGAGCCGACCACUCGCAGUCGCAAGCAGGAUCGCACCCCCCAUGAGGUGUUUGUGGAGCUGAACGAGCUGACGAUGGACAAGAACCAGGAGCUGCAGUGGAAGGAGACGGCCCGUUGGAUCAAGUUUGAGGAAGACGUUGAAGAGGAGACGGACCGCUGGGGGAAGCCUCACGUCGCUUCGCUGUCUUUCCGCAGUUUGCUGGAACUCAGAAGGACCAUCUCCCACGGUGCGGUGCUGCUGGACCUGGACCAGAAGACCCUGCCUGGCAUCGCCCACCAGGUGGUGGAACAGAUGAUUAUUUCUGACCAGAUCAAAGCUGAGGACCGGGCCAACGUCCUCAGAGCCCUGCUGCUCAAACACAGUCACCCGAGUGAUGAGAAGGAGCACAGUAGCCAUUUCCCCAGGAACAUCUCCGCAGCCAGCCUUGGCAGUCUGAUAGCGCAUCACCACAGUGUCAACCACACCAACCAGACCGAGCCGUCAGUGACCGACCCCCUCAUGGGCACAGUUCGCGUUACGGGGGACACAGACACGCACAUCGACAUGGAGAAGAAUGAAGUGCAGCAGAGAGAGCUGAGCAUCGGACCUGGCAUGCAUCGGUCCAAGUCCAAACAUGAACUGAAGCUGCUGGAGAAGAUUCCUGAAAAUGCCGAGGCUACAGUGGUCCUCGUGGGCAGCGUGGACUUCCUGGAGCAGCCCACCAUGGCGUUUGUGAGGCUGCAGGAAGCGGUGGAGCUGGAGUCUGUCCUGGAAGUGCCAGUGCCGGUCAGAUUUCUCUUUGUUUUGCUGGGACCCGCCACUACAAGCAUGGACUACCACCAGAUAGGACGCUCCAUCUCCACCCUCAUGUCUGAUAAGCAAUUCCACGAGGCGGCCUACCUGGCAGAUGACAGGCAGGACCUGCUGAACGCCAUCAACAGCUUCUUGGACUGUAGCAUCGUGCUGCCACCUUCAGAGGUGGGAGGUGAUGAGCUGCUGCGCUCUGUCGCCCGCUUUCAGAGGGAGAUGCUGCGGAAGAGGGAGGAACUCGAGGUCAAACUAAUGGCCAAAGAACCUAAAAGCCUUCAAGAAAAAGAGGCACUCCUCAAACCUUCGAAAAAGUCAGACGACCCCUUAGAGCGUACUGGACGGCCUUUUGGUGGGCUGAUACGAGACGUGCAGCGGCGUUACCCAAAGUAUGUCAGCGACUUCAAGGAUGCCCUGAACAGCCAGUGCAUGGCCGCAGUUAUCUUCAUCUACUUCGCUGCCCUCUCUCCGGCCAUAACGUUUGGAGGCCUGCUGGGUGAGAAGACAAACGGCCUCAUCGGUGUCUCUGAGCUGAUUGUGUCAACAUCAGUGCAGGGGGUGGUCUUCUGUCUGCUCGGGGCUCAGCCACUGCUGGUUGUGGGCUUCUCUGGACCUCUGCUGGUCUUUGAAGAAGCCUUUUACAGUUUCUGCACAUCAAACGAAAUAGAGUACCUGACGGGUCGCGUCUGGAUCGGCUUUUGGCUCAUCAUCAUCGUGGUCACCAUGGUGGCCUUCGAAGGCAGCUUCCUGGUGCGCUUCGUCUCCCGCUUCACCCAGGAAAUCUUCUCCUUCCUCAUCUCCCUCAUCUUCAUCUGCGAGACCUUCAUCAAGCUUGUCAGGAUUUUCAAGGAGCACCCGCUGAAACGCUGUUCCUUCAACAACGGCACCGAUGCAGACGCCUUGGCGGAAAACAUCACCCUCAUGAUGAAAAACAGCAGCCAGCCGGCGACUGUGAAGGUCAGCGGGGAACCGAACACGGCGCUGCUCUCUUUGGUUCUCAUGGCGGGGACGUUUUUUAUCGCUUUCUACCUGCGCAAAUUCAAGAACAGCGCUUUCUUCCCUGGAAGGAUACGCAGGAUUAUUGGAGACUUUGGGGUACCGAUCGCCAUUCUCAUCAUGGUUCUGGUGGAUUACUCACUGGAAGACACAUACACACAGAAACUGAGUGUCCCCAGUGGAUUUUCAGUGACGAAUCCCGACAAGCGCGGCUGGUUCAUCAGUCCGCUUGGAUCAAAUGGGGAAUUUGGCUCUGUCCCGGCUUCCUGCAGGCUGAUAGUUAGUAAAAAGGAGCGCAUGCUUGUCAAAGGUUCUGGUUUCCAUCUGGACCUGCUUCUGAUCGUGGUGCUGGGCGGCACCUCAGCUCUGUUCGGCUUGCCGUGGAUGGCCGCUGCGACCGUUCGCUCAGUGACCCACGUCAACGCCCUCACUGUCAUGAGUAAGGCCGUUGCUCCCGGAGACAAACCUCGCAUCCAGGAGGUGAAGGAGCAGCGGGUCACCGGCCUUCUGGUUGCAAUUUUAGUUGGCCUGUCGAUCGUGAUCGGCGACCUGCUGUGUCAGAUCCCCCUCGCCGUGCUCUUCGGGAUCUUCCUCUACAUGGGAGUGAUGUCGCUCAACGGUAUCCAGCUAACGGAGCGGAUGAUGCUUUUGCUCAUGCCACCAAAGUAUCACCCUGACCACACCUAUGUACGCAAGGUCCGCACGCUGCGCAUGCAUCUCUUCACCUGCAUCCAGCUGGUGUGUUUGGUGCUGGAUGCUGACGACGCAGAGCCAAAGUUUGACGAGCGUGAUUGUCACGACGAGUACUCGGAGAUGCAAAUGCCGGUGUGAUCCACAGCGAGCCCUCGCAUCGUCAAAUCGCACCAAAAAUCUGUCAGUUAUCACCAGUUAGAGUUCUGGGACGGCGUCCUUCAAGCAAUGUCCCUCUUCAUCAUCAUCAAGACAUUGAAAUGCAGUAUGUCAAAGGUUGCUUUGGCUUUUAACUUUUCACUAUUUAAGAAGCUUUUCUGCUGCUUUAAUAACAGUUUGUGUCUCAAAUAAUGGAAAAGCAGCUGGAAACUCUUUGCUUAGUUUAUUUGUUUUUAUUUUAAACAUUUCAGGGGACAAGAGAUACCGAAUCAAAUUACUUUAUCUCGAGCUCGGAGUUAAACAUGUUAACAGUAGAUAGACGUGUACGAUUGAUUGAUUUUUAGCCCUGAAAGUUGCUCUGAUUCACAUUGAAUAUGUGGAAGAUAUACGGGAUACAUUCCUUUAUGCUUUAUGAGUUAUUGCUAUUCAUUCUUUUCUUCACAUUUUAAGAUCACCAAGCGCCUUACGAAGGAAAUAUAAAGGUAUUAAGAUUUUUUUUCUUUAUUUUGUCUUAUUUUAGACAGCUGAUCACUUUACCCGAAAGCUUGUAGCACUUUUAACAUAACAAAAUCUGAACAAUGACUGUAUUUUAUCUAAUCAGUGUUGCUUUAGUUUGCUUCUUAAAUGAUCUGUGAGUGAUUUUUAGCCUACUUUAACUAUUUGUUGUUUUUGUGCAGAAAAUGCAGCAUUUUAAAUGUUUAUAUUUCACCUGUGGUGAGUGAAGAUCACCAGCAGGGGGAGAUCUUGUGGGACUGUUAUGACGUUCCAUAAGAAAAAAAGAAAACUGUACAAAAAAAUGCAAUUUCUCUCUAAACUAAUGCCAUCAUAUCACAUUUCUCAUCGUGCAAACACUUUUUUAAAAAUGGAAAAUGACACUGUGGCUUAUUAAGUGUACUUUAAAAUGUCUCCACACACACACAUAUAUCUAUUUACACACACCCGUACACGUGUAGGGCACUAAUGUAGUUUGUUCUGAGGUCUCAUUUCUCGUGUGGUCGGUUAACGGUGGUUUCUUUGUGCCAAAUGUCUCGUGUAAAUAGUUUGGUGGUCAGAAAAAUAAGCUGCACUUCAGUCACGUUAGAUCUUCUCUAACUUGAAGGAUUUUCAGCCUAAUUUUAAAUAUUUUCACAGCAGGACAUUCCUCGUUUUUAAUAUGUCACUCGCGAUUGUGUCAGCCUGGUCGACAAAAUUUCCAAACAACCUGUUUAGACAAUCUCAUGGAUUGGUUAAAGCUUUGACUGUGUCAAAUAGUUUAAAUAUUCAGCCCCUGUUACUCUCACCUACAUGUUUCAAGCACUACUUUUCCCUCCAGGCGGGCCAGUUUCACUGUUGCUGUGAUCUUGUUGCCUUUUUCAUGUCACAGUCUCACAAAAUCUGAAGUGCCUGUGGGACCAUGAAGUGAUCGGUGUCUCCUGUGUUUGUAAGGAUGGCACAUGUUACAGUAGUUUGCACAUUUGAGACAUGCAUAAAUCAAAAAUCUCUCUGUUAUUUAUCUGUGGAGUAAUUGCUGCUUUAGAAGCCUUAAUCGGGUUACGUCACACAAUAUUUUUUUCUUCUGUACACACACGUUCAGCUGCAGCACGCCCACGGCAGUGAGGGCGAUAUUUAUGAGAGGUUGGAUUUGAGUGUCAGUUUUGUGUCUGCUUCUUGUGCCUGUGAUUGGAGUGAAGGCAGUCUGUGUAUGUCAAAGUAUGCUG